UAAUUGUUGAAAAAUCCUUAACGAUCACAACUCAUCUUUCUCUCUGUCUCUCUCCCUCUCUCUCCUUCACCAUGGGCAUUAUUGAUCAUAAGAGCAAGAAGCGAGAAGAGCACUUUGUGAUCUCAAAACCCUUGAGGUUGAUUCUCUUACAAAGUGGUAGACAUGUCGUCUUACGCUCACUCUUCUUUGUCACCGGUUUCUUGAUUGGUGUCUUCCUUUAUCUGCAACUAAAAGCCUUCCACAUAUCCACGCCGAAGACACAACAACCCUUAUGGUCAACAGUUCUAUUCCACCACUCAACAAAGAUGGAGAUCAGACAAGAGUUACAAACACAAGCACUUCAGCACGACAUGAGUGAUCAAGAACUCUUCACCAAGGUCUCUUCAUUAUCAUCAUCACCAUCAUCAUCACCAUCAUCAUGGUUUGGGAGGAGACAGAAUAAUGAUGGGAAGAUGGUUGUGAAAGUGGCGUUCAUGUUCAUGACUGGCGGCGCACUCCCAUUGGUUGCUUUGUGGGACAAGUUCUUUGAAGGACAUGAAGGGUUUUAUUCCAUAUAUGUUCAUACUAAUCCAUCUUUUCAAGACUCUUACCCAGAAACUUCUGUCUUCUACUCAAGAAGAAUCCCAAGCCAGCCAGUGUACUGGGGAACAUCAUCAAUGGUAGACGCAGAAAAAAGACUCUUAGCCAACGCUCUCCUUGACGAAUCAAACCAAAGAUUCGUCCUCUUGUCAGACUCUUGCAUCCCUCUCUUCGAUUUCACAACCAUCUACGAUUACUUAACCGGCACUAAUCUCAGCUUCAUCGGCUCAUUUGACGAUCCAAACAAAUCAGGUCGAGGCCGUUACAACCCCAAAAUGUAUCCACAGAUCAACGUCACGCAUUGGCGUAAAGGAUCACAAUGGUUUAGUACAACCCGUGAGCUUGCUCUUCAUAUACUCGCAGACACUUUUUAUCACAAAGUAUUCGACCAGCAUUGCAAACCGCCUUGUUACAUGGACGAGCAUUACAUCCCGACUCUCGUUCACAUGUUUCAUGGAGAGAUGAGCGCAAACCGGACCUUGACUUGGGUGGAUUGGUCGAGAGUUGGUCCACAUCCUGGCCGGUUUAUUUGGCCUGAUAUCACUGAUGAGUUUCUUAACCGUAUCCGGUUUACAGAGGAAUGUGUGUAUUAUGGUAGUGAUGGUGAGAAGACUACAACUUCGAGAUGUUUUUUAUUUGCGAGGAAAUUCACAGAGGAUACUUUAGAACCUUUGUUAAGAAUCACGCCUUUAGUUCUUGGGUCUGGUCCGUAGUUACUUGAACGUUUGUGAGUUUUUUCGAUUAAGUAAAUAUU